AUGUUGCAUCUCCUUCCAGGAAGCCAAAAAGACCCCAUCCGCUGUGUGCUAGGCACGGUAUUCCUCGACGAUAGCCCCAAGUACGAGGCCUUAUCCUACGCUUGGGGAGAUCCCCUUGAUUGCCGUUCCAUCGAGGUAGACGGGAGGAGAAAGAGCAUCACAGUCAAUUUGUACCAUGCUCUUCGAAGGUUGCGCUAUCCACAAUGCGAACGAUGCCUCUGGGUGGAUGCUCUGUGCAUCAACCAGGACAAUGAUGUUGAAAAAUCACACCAGGUCAACCUGAUGCGCAAGAUCUACUCGCGUACCGAGAGAGCAAUACUCUGGCUGGGAGACUUUUCCGACGGGCCAACCAUGGCAACGAACCAGAUUCCUCGUCAAACAGCCGCAGCGGCCUUUUCUCUACUCAAGUCAAUGGCUGUCAACAAUCACUAUUGCAGUGGCCAUGAGGAAGGAAACAAGGAGCUGGCAGACAAGGGCAUCUCAAGUUUAUCUUGCUUGCUUCAGCUGCCUUGGUGGCAUCGAGCCUGGACUGUGCAGGAAGCAGUCCUUCCGCCAAAUGCCACUAUCGUGUGUGGAACGGAACAACUGCCCUUUUCUGAUUUGAGGCAAGCAUCAUCCAACUCUCUCGAUCAUUACUUCCAAGGCUGCUGUGACCGAAGAGACGACCUCUACUCGUUUUGGGACCGACUUCAAGGUCUCGAUAUCGCUAAGCGAAGCAUCACAAAGACAUCCACGUAUUCCAUCCACCAUGCCUGCAACUUGUUCAGAUCACGGAAGGCGUCUGACCCAAGGGAUAAACUAUAUGUCUAUUUUGGGCUCGGAACUAAUAUGCCAGCAAACUAUUCCUUGUCACAUGAGGAAGUCUUCAAGCUUACAACGCGUUCACUCAUUGAACAGUCGGGAACGCUUCAGAGUUUGCUGAGAACUACCGAAGACAGUAGAUCUCCCACCCUGCCAACAUGGGUUCCGGACUGGUGUGCCGACUUCAACGAGAGAGAGUUCAACCGUGACAUGGCCUGGUUUCAACUUGCUAGUUCUUACAGCGCCGCAAGUGGAAUCAAGGUCACAACUCGGGUGUCGUCGUCUGAUGACGUCUUGGACCUCAAAGGCGUCAUUUUGGAUCGUAUUUCAGCCGUGGGGUGCAUUUUAGAAACUCCACAGAGCAUUAAGCAAACGAUUUCCGAGUGGCAAGAUAAACCAACUACCGAGUACCCCCAAGGAGGGACAUACAGGGAAGCCUCCUGGCGUACACUCGCAGGCGACAUAUAUCGCGGCCAUGGCACUUACAGAAGGUUUACCUCAAGUGAUGACGCAGAGGAGAUUGAGACGAGUUGGAUAAAGCAAAACCCGAGGUGGAUUAGUGUCGAGGCAUUUAAGAAGAGAGGCAUUACUACGGACACAGGGCUAAUUGGGAUUGGAAAUCGAGAAAUCCGAGUUGGAGAUUUCAUUUCUGUUCUAGGAGGAGGGAGUAUGCCCUUCAUCCUGCGUCAGGUUGAAGGACAUGAAGGUGGCGUUGCCUAUCAGUAUUUCGGACAAGCGUAUGUCCACGGAAUCAUGGAUGGGGAAAUGAUGGACGAGGGCCGAGACUUGGACUGGAUAAGCCUUGUUUAA